AUGAAGGCUUCUUCCUCGUCCAGUGCAGGUCGCUCUCAACCAGUGAAACUAAGCCUCCUCGCUGAGCAAGCUCGCAGUUUGCAGUCCGUAGAAAGGGAACGUGCUAGAGGAGAACAGCAACUCGCGUUUUUGCGAAAGGAACUAGCCCAAAGGAUCAGAGAAGCGACCCUGUUCAGCAACCAGCGUCGUGCACGCGUUCGAGCGUGCACGGAUGCAGAACGAAGAGUAUCUCUACUGAGAACUGCCGUGGGAAAGAAACGGGUAGCGACUAGAGAUUUGAGGUUAAGGUGCCUUGCAUAAACAUGAAAGAUUGGAUUUGAUCGUAGACUUCAAUGAAUUCAUUGCGUUCGCGACAGCAAACGAUGAAUAUUGAGAAAAAAUUUUCAGUAAAAUUGGCACAACAUCAUUAUCUUCUCAUUUCCGUCCCGUCCUCUCUUCCCCAUGAUGACCCGCUCCGCCUCUAAUACCCACAGAGUUAGAGUUAAAGCGGAAGGAGGUGCUAGGGCGACGAAGUAUGGUAGCAGAGUUGCGGGAAGAAUCCAAGAAGCUACCAAAGGCCCUAGACGAUGAUGUGAAGACGUUUAGGGGAGUUAUGUACUUGCCUCCUCAUUGUGCAGAAGAUGACGGACCUGGUGUAGCUGUCAAUGGUCCGCCAACAGAUACGUCAUCUAGUAGAGCAGAGGAGCUCAGAAGAAAUGCCCAGCGAUUGUGGGACUUCCUUGAGGGCAAGAAUGAAGCAUCCCCUACUUCUUCGAGUUCUACAAAAUUGCCUACUAAAACAGCAGUUGAACAAAUUGUUUCGAGUGCCCCUUCGACAGCAACAUCUUCAACAUCACGGAUUGGAGCAGCAGCAGCUAGAACCAACAGGUCUAGGGACAUCUUCUCUAGCAAAGACGAUUUCGAUAAGGAGCAUUUCGGUAGUCCUCGUGAUAUGGAGAGUGAAGAUGCUGUGCCAGUGUCUGCGCAAAUUCCAGCCGUGAGAAUAACGGCUCAACCUGACGAGCGGAAUAAUUAUCUGCGAAGUUGUACAGGCUUUGGAUUUUCGCAGCACCAGCUUUCGGACCGAUUUUUUGAGGUGCGAGCAUGUCUGCGCGCACGCCAAGCAUGGAUGCUGCGAGACUUGAUGUCGAUUUUUCCCAUCGAAACGUAUAACACGUCUUCUCCGAGAGCUGCUGCAAGUACCAAGUCUUCGACUGGAACUACAACCGGAGGUGGCGGUACAAAAGCGAACGUUCGGACUAUCCGAGAGUUACCACUAGAGGCGAUUCCUGCUUUGCUUUGCCAAGACGCCAGAGACCGCGAUGCUAGGAACACGGCGCUCGGCUUCCUAGGCCACUUCGUGCUGCUGCUUUCGAAGUAUCUAGAUGUACCUUUGCGAAACAGUCUCCGAUGGACGGGGACGAGUCGGUGCUUUUUGCAGCGGAAGAGUGGUGAAGUGACUCGGCGAUCGACGUCGAUGACCAGUUGGAUGAGCGCGGCUAACUACCUGAUGCGAGGGACAGGGGUAUUGCAAGAGUUAUGAUGAAGAUGAACUUAACCACUAAAAGAUCAACUUCACUACUAUGCGUAAUAAUCAUUUGUGCCCCUUUCAUCUCCAAGUCUAAGGAAGUGCUUCCGUAAAGUUGAGUCUCUUUUAGAUAGUCUUGCUCUUAGGCAGAUUGCCGAAUAGACUCUCAUCAUCAGAUAGUCUUGCUGCUCGAUACUUGAGUCUCUCGCUCUACCCCUCUCUCUCUCUCUCUCUCUCUCUCUCUCUCUUUCUAACCCUCCGCGAGCAAAGUUCUCGACAAUAUCCGCUGUUUUUGCAACGACCGGAAGCCUUGCAGAGUUUCGGACAAGGAUUACAACUCCUAAUGGCCAAUUUAGCCCAACUCUACUAUGCCUUAGGACAUACGGGACUCUAUUCCAGUUCGGGGUUGUUGGAAAAUAUUGAGUGGCUGACGUCGAAGGAACAAUUCUAGUAGCCUACGAGUUUGUUGUUUGCUGACACGUGAUCCCCACAUCGCAGACACCUUCUGCGAGGACCCCUUGAUGGAACUGAGACUUCUACACGACGGGUUUUAUUAACUGAGAAAUGACUGCUAUGCUUUCAAGGACUGCUGCCCCAAAAGCUUGCACAAUGAAUGAUAUCCCCGUGACUUUCAGUGCACAUGAUCGGGUGUAGAAGCACGUUUUCGUGAGC